AUGAAAAACUCUCGAGAGGCUGCAAUGCCACUGGGUACAAAUCAGCUUGACAUAUGCAGGAACAAUGACAUCAUUGAGAUCACAAUCUCUGAGCACGAGCACAAAUGUAUCAUCGUGCAGGACGAAGGCUCCCCCAGUGAUGUGGUCAUCAUCCAGGAGGGCGUGGGUUUUGGUGCUGUAGCUGAGGUGGUGGAGGAUUCCAGGAACAAGAGUUUGACACAGUGGAGGAGCAGAGUGGAGGGGCAGCAUCUCGUUGUUGAGUGUCAUUACAAUUCCUGGGAUUAUAGUGCAACACAGAAAACCUGGUGCCGGCUGAGAGACAAGAAAUGCUUUCCCUUAGUUAGCACCUCUUACCCAUCAUCACGUAGACACCCAACCAAGGUUACCUCUGGAAGAGCCACGAUAGAGGAUGACACCCACAAUGGGAUUAUAACCAUCACCAUGGAGAAGCUGCAGGUGCAGGACUCUGGAGUGUACUGGUGUGUGUUCUAUGACCUGCCCAAUACAUGGUAUCGACUAACGGCAAUUAAACUGGAUGUUUCCAAGGAAUUCCAAGAAUACGAUGCUCUGGAGGGGCAGAGUCUCUCUGUCCAGUGUCCAUACAACACACACAAUUACAAAGAGGAGAAGAAAGCCUGGUGCCGAAGGACAGUUCAGAAUGAGUGUGAUGUCUUGGUCAACACUGAUCACGGGUACUUCACAUAUCAGAACAGGGCUCAGAAAGGCCAGAGCGAGGAUACAUGACGGACACCCAGAAAGGGAUUGUUUACUAUCACCGUGGAGAAACUGCAGGUAGACGAUGCAGGGCUGUACUGGUGUGUGCUCUACAGCCUCCCAGGUUUUACAGAAUAAUUGAAGUUAAACUGGCUGUUACCAAGGCUACAUCUACAAGUGACGCCCCAGUUACCCUAACCACAGGUCACACCAGCCUAAUCUUUAGCACAGCUAGUGCUGGAGUCAAUCCAUCAGACAGCAG